ACUACUUUGAGGCUGUGACGCCAUUAAAGGAGUAGUUUUUGCUCUUUCUUUUUGAUGAGUUUUUUUUUGAAUCCAUCAUCGUUGUUAGUGUCAAAAAAAAAAAAGUAGUCAUCAUCUCUCAGGCCACGUGUCCCCUUUGAUUACGACCUUGAUGUUUUAACUCUACUACUACUUUUGUUUUUGUUUUAAUAAUCCAUCAUACUACGUUGAACAAAACAAAAAGAGGAAAAAGAAAAAAAGAGAGAUUAUUAAUAGGCAAAGAAAUUAGUGAAUGAAAGAUAGAGAGAGAAGAAGAAGAAAGAACCAGUGUUUUUGAAUAGUAUUACCAUUUAUUUACCACUCUUAAAAGUGCAGCCAUUCCAACAAACUUCUCAUCACACUCUCUGACUCCCCACAAUUCCAAAGUCAUCCGUCUUUCUUUCCAAUUUGUUCUUUUUAUCUCUUCUUCUCCUUUCCUUCUUUCCCUCUUCAUUUCUAAUUUAUCUUCUUUUCUUUUUUGAGGAAAAAUGAGGAGUAGUAACUGAAUUUAAGCCUUUGUCUGAGUGGCAGUUUCUGAAGACCCAAAAACCCAACAAUAAAAUUUGAAAAAAAAAGAGAGGAAAAAAUCAAGGGGAAAACAAGAAGGUGAUUUCUGGGAUUUUUGAGGGAGGGUGAGUAGAGGAAUUAUGUAUAUAGGGGCAGAAGGAGGAGCAGGAGGAGUUGGAGGAGGGUCAAUGAGGAAGUCCUUCAAGGACUCUCUCAAAGUUCUUGAAGCUGACAUUCAGCAUGCCAACACUCUUGCUUCAGAAUUUCCACGGGACUAUGAUGGUGCAUGCCUACAAAUGAGAAUGUCCUAUAGUCCAGCGGCACACCUGUUUCUAUUCUUGGUUCAAUGGACUGAUUGUCACCUUGCUGGUGCUCUUGGACUCUUGAGAAUCCUGAUUUACAAGGUUUAUGUUGAUGGCACCACAACAAUGUCCACUCAUGAAAGGAAAGCAAGCAUUAGAGAAUUCUAUGCUGUCAUUUAUCCGUCCUUAAUGCAACUCCAAAGUGGUGUUACUGAAUCAGAAAAUAGGAAGCAAAAGGCAAUAUGCUCAGAAAGAUACAAAAGGAAAGAUGAUGAGGACAGUAAUCAAUUUUCUGAUCUAGAUUUUGAAAGGGAAGAAGAAUGUGGUAUCUGCAUGGAGAAUAUGAGUAAAAUAGUCUUACCGAACUGUAAUCAUUCCUUGUGCCUCAAAUGCUACCGCGACUGGUAUUUUUCUACCCUUCUUUUAUAAAAAUCUCUCUGCAUAUCAGUAAUUCGUUUAUGUGUUCUCCUCCGGAUAUUAUGGUGAAUACAACUAACUAUUGAUCUAAUGUCAUGGCCUACUUUCAUAUCUCAUCUUGUAUUGACGGAUUUGCUUGAUUUCCUGUUCAUGUGUAAUAGGCAAAUAAUAGGCAUGUUGAUACUAAAUUGUUGCACAAAACAAAAAUAGGAGGCUAUAUAUGGCAAUCUCUUGCCAGUUGCCAGCUUUUGGCAUUUUAGGUAAAAAGACGAGCAGUUUGUAUCGAGAGUGGAAUAAGAGCCUUGUGAACAAUUUGAUUUACAUGCUUCAGAUGGUGUUAAGGCAUAACUUACAAACUACACAGUGAAUCUUAAGUAAUGCUUUCUGCUGGAAUUGUGCCUGUACUGGUCCAUAUUUAUGCCAUUUUGUUGGAUUAUUUACUUAUGAAAGUCUUACUAUGUUAACACUUUCUGUAUUGUAAAGGGAAUGCAAAUGGAGUUGAAUAGGACAUCUUGUUUUUAGGCAUCAAACUGUUAGACCAUAUUCUAAGUUGUUUGGCUCAUUAUUGGAAAACCUUGAAAUGAUUGAUGAGUGGGAGGUGUGUCUACAGUUGGUGUCCUGUUUAUAAGCGAUCCUGCAUGUUUAUUCACAUUUACCGCUUGAACCUUAGUGUUCUUAGCAAUCACAGGUUUAAAAUUUUUAUUUCUGCCUCUAUUAAUCUCUUACUGAAACCGUGAAUCUAACUCCCAUUGAGACUGCUUUGUGAAGAAACUUUUAUGAGUGUUUUUACAUUGGGCAAUUAGGUUUCCCUAGUGACAUUAAACUCGCCCAAUGAAGUUAUGUUGGUGCCAAAAAUGUUGAAAAUGAAUCCUCAGCUGUAAAAUUUCCAGGGAGUGGAGCCUCCUGUCCAUGGCUUUAUAAAAGCAGUUCCAAUGCUUCAAUUUCCAGUUUUCAGUAUAUUGAAGAAAUAUCACUUUAUGUGAUGGUUCAUCCUUGGCCAUUGUUGAGCCUAGUAUGAACUGAGUGCUGUAGAGGUUGUUCUUCAAGUAUGAUACUUUGUUCCAUAUGUGAAUCUUGUGAAAUCUAGUACAAUUCUUGGUCAAGGUUGUUCUAGUAUGCUUAGUCAAUCAUGUGAAUCUUGUUCUGGUAUAAGACUCGGUCAAUGUUGUUCUAGUAUGAUCACUGUUGCUCUUGUGUGGCCAUUACGCCGCAGUUUCUUAUCAUUCGUGUUUUGUUGUGUCAAAAUAUUAAAAUUCCUUUACUGCUCGUUAUAGUGAUUAAGCUUCAAAAGUAGCUCAGGGAUUAAAGCCCUCAAAUUUCUGAGUGGAGGUCAUGUUGUUCUACAUUAUCCUUCCUCAUUGAAUCGACGUGUGGUGUGUAGUUAACAUGAUCAAUUUGGUCAUUUUAUUGUAAACUGUUAAGAUGGUUGAAUUAGUAGGGUACAAGUAAACGUACAUUUGUGAACUUGUCCUUAAUUACAGAGAUUGUAGUCUUAUCAAAGGCAAAAAUUAAAUAAUAUCUUGUUACUAAACCUUCUGUGUUGAUUCUUCUAGCGUGUAGAUUGUAAUUUGUGUGACUAUUGCGUAACUUUCUGAAAUAUAAUGUGCACAAUGUUGUGGAUUUCAGGCGUUCAAGGUCUCAAUCAUGCCCCUUCUGCCGUGAUAGCUUAAAGAGGGUGAACUCAGGUGAUCUCUGGGUCCUUAUGGAUAGUAAGGAUGCAGCAGAUAUGGCUACAGUAACAAGGGAGAACCUGAGGAGGAUCUUUAUGUACAUAGAUAAGUUGCCGCUUAUUGUUCCGGAUAACCUUUUUGAUGCAUAUGACAAACAUUUGAGGUAGGCAAUUUGAUAGUACUAUUACAGUGACCUUCAGAAGUACUUCUGACUCCUUGGGUUCUCUCAACUAGAUUAGAUGUGGAAUGGAGUGGUUUCUUUAUCCACCAUCGAUGAUUCGCUAGCCCGGCCUGAAUUAUUGUAGGCACUGGGGCAGACCGAAGUUAUAUUUAGUAGCUGGAAGAGGCUCAUGAAUUGUAUGUAGCAUAGCUGUAUAUAUAAGUAUACCUAAAACUUAUAUAUUUGUACAGAUUCGACACCUUGUCAAACAAUCUCAAUCUGUUAUUUGCUCGUAAAUUUGAAUCGAUUAGGUGUGCAGUUGUACCUUAUUUACGGCCAUGUUGAGUUCAUUUUGGUCGCAAUGUGGCAUUUGGUGACGGCGUGACUUGUGAGAUCCGAACUUCUGUCUUUUAGGAUGAGUACAUUAUGAGUUUGAAACUUGGAAUGUUUGUGAAUAAACAAGGAUCCAAACCAACUUGGAAUGUUGGUGGAUAUACAAGGGUCCCGAACCAACACUUACUGUGUCAAUGUUGUGUUGACAGAGGGCAUUUUGCAUAUUAGGCACGCAGGAAAAAAUUGGUUGAAUGGAGCCGUCCCUUAAAAUUUGAGGAGGUUUUUGAAAGAUUCUAUCCCUUGAAGGGGUGGUAAGUUUUUUGUGCUUGUUUCAAGGACGUUAGGACUGAAUCACUUGGUUCUUUUACUAGACUUUGAAAUCCAUUAAGCUAAUUCUAAAGAUCAGUGAGGCCCAGACCCAAAAAUUACAAUUUGUUACACAUAGAUUGCCCAGGAAAUUAAAAUUGUAGUUUUGCAGAAAAUGUCAAAAGUGGACUAGAAAUGCAUAUUACAGUAUAUACUUCCAUCCCCGUCCCAAAAGUUGAAAAGAAAUGCAUAUUAUAUACUAUCAUUCCCGUCCCCAAAAAAAUAGUUCACAUUGAAUUUAUAUUUUUGUACGGUUUUUAGUACAAAUUCUAAAACUCAAAGUAGACUAUUUUUCUUGAAACAAAGGGAGUAUAAGCUUGUUCAGAUUGUAACGUAAUUAAUCAUACUGAAAAUAGAGAAAACCAAAAGGAAAGCUACCGAUGAAACUAGCAAUUUUCAUUCCAUUCCAAAAGAAAUUGCUGUUUGAUGACAGUAGUUCAUACCUAAGAAUACCGCAAUUGUAUAUUCUACUUCUUCACAUGAGCCAGAACCUAUUGACAGGGGAUUGAACAUGAGCGUUGUAAAGGAUUUUGUAAAAACCUUCCAACUUCCAGGCCUAUCUACAAUUAGAAACAAAGAAAGUUUAGGCCAUCAAAAUAUGCUGCAAAUUCUAGCUAACAUUUUGCAAAAGGGGGAUGAUCUCGAAUACUCCUCCAUCCACAUCCAUCAGGACCAAACAAGAACAAUUAGCCCACAACCAAAAACUCCAAAAAAAGCUGAUCCCAUUAAUGCUUCAGUAACUCUAGUAGUAACAUUCUUCUGAAUCAUCAUCAUCAUCAUCAUCAUAAUCUUCAUGCUUAUCAUAAUCAUAGUCAUCAUCACCACCAUCAUGAUCAAAAUCAGAAUCAGAAUGACUCUGAUAAUCAUAAUCAAGAUUGUUACAGCUCCAAUUCCAAGCCUUCAAACUUUUCCCCAACAAGAAGGAAACAAAAGCAUCAACACAAGCAUACUCUAUUUGAUCAUGGCUGAGCCAGAAAGCGUCCCAGUUGCUUCUCCCAACCUCCGGGUCCUUUUGUAACCCACUCCAUUCCAAGCUCCAUGUAAGCCAAUUUCUCCAUGGAAACCAUCUUAGGCUGCCCACGUGGACCAGAUCGAUCAGCCCUCCGACCCGCAGCCGAUGGUGUGAAUAAAACCUUAACAUGUCAUAAUCCCUCUUGUUGUUCACGCCCACCAAAUGGAUAUUCGGGUCGGAUGAAAACCGGCGGAGCGAGAUGGGAAUGUUGGUGGCGCGUGAGAGUUGGAAAAUAAGACAGCGGUGGCCAACGCAGAGUUGGAGCGUUGCUGGAGGUGGGUUCCCGUACGCAGGCGUCCAUUGAACUCCGACACCGGCCAGGAGCUUGCUACGCCGUAGACGGUGGGUGUGGUAACGGCGGAUGUAGAAGAGCCAACGGCGGACGACGGAGGGCGAAGAAGUAACGGUAGUGAAAAUGCAGUGGGACUGGCAGUAAACAGUUGUGAUCCUUGUGGUGGUGGUGGUGAUAACGUCGGCCUUGGAAGUGUAGUUGCCGGACCUUUGGUAAGGGUGGUGGCGAAAACGACGAUGAUUGACCCUUUCUCUUGGCAUGAUUGUGUUUUUUCCCGGUGGCAGUUUCCGGUUAUGUUUUCAGUCAAACUGUUUCUAUAAAAGAAACUUUAAACGAGGAGUGAGGACCGGCAGACGGCGGAAUUCACGGUGGCGGCAGCACGACUGUCAUAUUUGUGGCGUAGUGUAGGAGGCCAUGAGAGUCGUAGCCAGUAGGUUGUUGUGACAGUGAGGUAAUUUUGCUGUUUAUUCUUCUCAUGAGC